AUAGACAAGAUUUGUUCAUAAAUUGUUCACAACCAGCACUUUUUUUUGUGAGUAAUACAGUAUGUGGAGGGUGAGUUCCACACUUCUUUUUCCAAACACUUGCUCUCUCUCUCUCUCUCUCUCUCUGUGUGUGUGUGUGUUCAGAAGCAAUGCAGUAAGUGAGCGCUGAGCUGCAGCAGCAUCAGUGUCUCAGUGUCAGCCGCUCUGCAGCAUGCAUCAGGAAACACACUUCAUCCACACUUUCUGCUCCACGGGAUGUGAGUUCAGAUAAGCAAUCAGGAUGGUAGCAGAGACCUGGACUGAUGCGGACAGAUCGAAGCGAUGGAGGAGACAACGCCAGACCCCGCUUUUGUGGACGUGGACCAGGGUCUGACCCUUGCAUGCAUCGCCUUCCUAUGUCUGCUGCUGGUGGCAAUGAUCAUCCGCUGUGCCAAAGUCAUCAUGGACCCCUACAGCGCCAUUCCCACCUCCACCUGGGAGGAGCAGCACUUGGACGACUAGCAGUUUUUCCCAUGACCGUGGCAAAUAAACAUGCACCUGCAUUCAAUCAAACCCUGACACCAUGUUUCAACCAAUGCACAGAAGUCUAUGGGAUAUUUAAACUGAUAGUCAUCUUCUCGCAUGCAGCAUCACUAGCUCUGAAGACCUCUGCAUGGAAACUGAGUUGAAUUCUUCCCAACUCUCACUCUAUUAAACAAGAAGGCAUGAAUUUUGAAAUGAAGUCGAUUUUGACACCAAUGUCCUCUUUUUUGCUUCUACCCUGGAUGAGCUUCAGUAAAACGAAAUCACUCCAAAACAAAGCACAAAAUCUGACACUUCCAUGUUCUCACAACCAAUGCAUCCUGAAUUUGUAGUAAUAAAAAGGGGAGCAAAUAUAUAUUUUUAUAUUUAAUAAUGAUAAAUGAGAAACACAUCCAAUUAAGGCAAGGAAAACACUUCUAGCUACAUAAGCUACACAAAUUUGCACAAUUUUACAGCGUUGCCACAAGGAGUGCUAUAGCCUACUUCUUAGUGUCAGUUUUCUUUUACACAGUCAUGGUGGAACAACAGUUAGUUAGGAGGUUAAUCAACAGCCAACAUGCUUAUUUGUGACCCUAGACCACAAAACUAGGGUCAAUUUCUGGAAAUCGAGAUUUAUACAUCAUCUGAAAGGUGAAUAAAUAAGCUUUCCUUUGAUGUAUGGUUUGUUAGGACAGGACAAUAUUUG